AUGUCUGGCUUCUUUGUUCUCAUUAAGAUAACAGAGAUUGGAAUACAUAGACACUUUCCUUUAAUAGUUUGUGACCCUGAACUAAAUCCAGAACUUAACGUUCCCAGAAGUUCAAACACUUGCUGUUUAAUGUAUGUUGACCAUAUAACAUUACAAGACCUUAUAAAAUAUCAAGGUGUCAAAUGUGAAGUGUUGCAAGGAUAUUACUACGAUGGAAACAGAGAUAUUAGAAUAAGAGAUGAAGUAAAGAAGUUGUUUGAGUUAAGGUUAAAGUAUAAGAAAGAAGGAAAUCCUUUGCAAGAAAAUAUAAAGCUCAUUCUGAACAGUAUUUAUGGCAAAACUAUUCUAUCUCCUAUUGAGUCAAAAAUAACCAUAGUAGAUGACAAAGAUGCUAUAAGAUAUGCCAUCAGAAACUACAACCAUAUAGUGAAGUUCGAAGGUUUGGAUGGUUCAGAUAAAACUAUUUUCAAGCUAACGAAAAGCAUUUGCAGACACUUUAACUUCUGUCCACUUGGUGUUAACAUUCUGUCUAUGUCAAAACGUAUUAUGAAUGAAGUGUUUUGCACGAUUGAAGACUUAGGAUUAAAAGCAUUUUAUCAGGAUACAGAUUCGAUGCACAUUUACAAUGAAGACAUACCACGUUUAGCUCAUGAAUUUAAGAAGAGAUACGGUAGAGAACUUAUUGGUAAAAACCUUGGUCAGUUUCAUAGUGACUUCGCAGAAAUAACACCUGGAAAACAAAGUUUAGCAUACAAGUCAAUAUUUUGUGGAAAGAAGACUUACAUAGACUUACUCACUAACGAUUUAAAUGAAGUUGCAUUUCACUGCAGAAUGAAAGGCGUGAAGCAAGAUGUUAUUGCU